ACGUGAGCUUGGUGUCCCGUAACUAUUACGAAAUAUUAAAUAAUUUCAAGGCAUUUAUAAAUAGCAGCCAUGAAAUACAAUGGUGUAAAGAUUUACAUUUCGAAAUUGUAUUCUAGAUAUAAAAUUGACUGAGUGUUUGCGAUAAAUAACAUUUUCACGUGGUAUGGUGUGAAUUUUAUCGAAGUUUCGCCUUUUCUCCUUGUGUUAUGAAAAUGAUGCAAAUGGAUCUGCUCAUCAUCUGCUCCAUCCUGGGCUUUACUCAUGGUCUACCUCAGAAGCCGAACCUCGACGCCAUACUAAACCGUCGCACCGAUGUCUACAUAGCAGGAUUCUUUCCAUUCGGCAAGGGGGUUGAAAACUCUAACACUGUAGGUCGAGGCGUGAUGCCGAGCGUGAAGCUGGCGCUGGACCACGUGAAUGAGCACGACACUGUGCUCCGGAACUACCGCCUGCAUAUGUGGUGGAAUGAUACUGAGUGUAACGCAGCGGUUGGUGUGAAGUCAUUCUUUGAUAUGAUGCACAGCGGACCCCACAAGUUGAUGCUGUUUGGUGCCGCGUGUACCCACGUCACAGAUCCUAUCGCUAAGGCGUCGAAACAUUGGCACCUUACUCAGCUGUCAUAUGCGGACACCCACCCUAUGUUCACGAAAGAGGCGUUCCCGAACUUCUUCCGUAUCGUCCCUUCCGAGAACGCAUUCAACAUCCCGCGCAUUCGUCUACUGGAGCACUUCAACUGGACCAGAGUGGGCACACUGUACCAGAAUGAGCCAAGAUAUGCUUUGGCCCAUAAUCGUCUCCUCGCUGAUCUGGAUAAUGGAAGUUUCGAGAUAGCGGAGACUCAAAGUUUCGCAACUGAGGUUCGAACGGCGUUGAACAAGCUGAAAGAAAAGGAUAUAAGAAUUAUUUUGGGCAACUUCAACGAAACUUGGGCGAUGAGGAUCUUUUGUGAAGCUUAUAAGCUGGAGAUGUACGGUCGCGCGUACACGUGGCUCCUGCUGGGCACGUACAGCCACAAGUGGUGGCAGCGGCGCGCGCCGUGCGCGCAGCGCGAGCUCGCGGCGGCGCUCGACACCGCCAUCCUCACCGACCUGCUGCCGCUCUCUACCACGGGCGAGACUACUGUGUCGGGGAUCACGGCAAAAGAUUACCAAGUAGAAUACGACCGAAGAAGGGGCGUUGAAUAUUCCAGGUUUCACGGAUAUACAUAUGAUGGUAUUUGGGCAAUGGCUCUAGCGAUUCAGACGGUGGCUCAUCGGGUUAAGUUGAAAUAUAAGGAGAGGACGGUGCAAGACUUUCGGUACCGGGACAAGGAGUGGGAGCAACUGUUUCUGGACGCUCUAACUAAUGUCACCUUCGAAGGAGUAACGGGUCCUGUACGCUUCUACGAUAAUGAGCGCAAAGCAUCCAUCCUUCUGAAGCAGUUCCAAGGGGACUUGGUGGGGGAAGUGAAGGUUGGAGAGUACUGCGCUGAGAGAGAUCACCUUGACUUGAGCAGUGGAGACCCUUUCAAGUGGAUCGGGAAAAACCCUCCAAAAGACCGCACCCUCCGCCUGAUCGAACACACUCAAGUGAACCUGACGAUCUACAUUGUUCUGGUUUCUUGCUCCUGCAUCGGCAUCUUGCUGGCGACCGGUUUUCUUGCUAUGAACAUUCAUUAUAGGAACCAGAGGUACAUCAAAAUGUCAUCACCACACUUGAACAACCUCAUCAUUGUCGGCUGCAUGCUCACUUAUCUAAGCGUCAUCUUCCUCGGGCUGGACUCUAGCCUCAGCAGCAUCGCGGCGUUCCCAUACAUUUGUACGGCGAGAGCGUGGCUUCUGAUGGCGGGUUUCAGUUUAGCUUUUGGCGCUAUGUUCUCUAAAACAUGGCGCGUACACUCCAUCUUCACUGACGUCAAACUUAAUAAGAAGGUGAUAAAAGAUUACCAGCUAUUCAUGGUGGUGGGAGUGCUGCUGUGCGUGGACCUCGCUAUUAUGACCACCUGGCAGAUAUCAGACCCUUUCUACAGAGCCACUAAGCAAAUGGAGGCUUAUCCCCAUCCUACCAGUGAAGAUAUUGUCAUAGUACAAGAAAAUGAAUACUGCCAGUCGGAACGAAUGCCCAUAUUUAUCGGAGUGAUUUAUAUCUACAAAGGGUUAUUAUUGGUGUUCGGGGCAUUCCUGGCGUGGGAGACGCGUCACGUCUCCAUUCCCGCGCUGAACGACUCAAAGCACAUCGGCUUGUCCGUCUACAACGUGUUGAUCAUGUGCAUCAUGGGUGCGCCCAUUGCGCUGGUGUUAGCUGACCACAAAGAUGCGCUCUUCGUUUUGAUCUCAAUUUUUAUAAUUUUCUGCACAACCGCGACGCUUUGCCUGGUGUUUGUUCCCAAGCUGCUGGAGCUGCGGCGCAGCGGGCAGCCGGGCGCGGCGGGCGCGCGCAUCCGCGCCACGCUGCGGCCCGCCGCCGCGCACGAGGUGCGCUCGCCCGGCCCCGAGCUGGAGCGCCGCCUCAAGGAGCUGCGCCACUACAACACGCGCUACCGCCGCACGCUGCAGGCCAAGGAGACCGAGCUGCAGAUGCUGCUCAGCAAACUCGGUGAAGACAUAGAUGCCUCGAUAAAGGACGCCAAGUCGCCCGCGACGCAGCGGACCAAACUGCACAUACCCAAAGAAAACAUUAGCCAUCCAGAGACUAGCGACAUCACCUCGACGUGCAGCCUGAGCGCGUCCGCCGCGGACAAUGAGCUAACCAGCCUCUCCAUGCAACUACCUAUUGAUAAGCCAAAACCCAUAGUCCAAGAGGUUAAAGAGGUAAAAGAGCCGAAGAAAGAACAAACAAAGAAUGUAUCAUUCAAGAACCACCUCGACUACACCAGUCCACCUUCCUCGAAAGCAGUACCCGAGAAGGACCAGCUAGCUAAACUACCGUAUGGGUGGUCAGCAAACGAGGAACAAGAAAUUCCCAAACCGGAACCAGCAAAAGCUGAACCUAAGACGAUCCCAGCGCUGAAGGCCACCACAGCUGACACGGCUAAGUCCAUGCCAGCUAAGUUACAGGAGCCCAUGUACACUAAAGCUGCGCCCAAGGUCAAUAAGACACCAGAAUUUCAAAAGAAGCUCAAAACCCCCGAUGGCAUGAAAACUCCCCCGCGGGAGUCACGUACCCGAGCGCAUCGCCGCAGCGGCUCGGGGCAUGUUUUGCUGUCUGAUCUAAUGAGGGUGUCCUCUGACGACCAGGAACCACCUCCAGGCUUGGAGAGGAAGGUUAUCGGUCAAGAGAGAGACCCGCCAAUACCUCCAAAGCCGAAGCAAGAACCAGAAGAUAUCCUGGAUAUUGAUCUAGAUUAUUCGUCAAUGGAAAGGAGGAAAUCCUGUCAAAGAAAAGACUCAGAGAGGAGAAAGAAAGAGAAUUACAUCGUGGUGCAGAGUGAUCUGUGGGACACCAACACGUUUCAGUACACAUGCCAGAAGUCGCCGCAAUCUGCGCACGCGCACUCGCCAAUACAGCGUAGCGUGUCUGAGAAAAGUAGACAGCAAUCCUCGCCUCACCAUCACAGAGACAGUGAAACGAAAAGCGAAAGGAGGGCUUCGAAUGCAUCAAUUAAUCACACGGGUACUAUGAGAGUGGGGACACCGGAAGGAUAUCGGGAGGCUGAAACUCUACGAAUGUCAGACCGACUGUCCAAGCGUCGUGGCUCUGAGUUCCCUCAGCCGGUGAGCACGCCUCCUCAUCAAACCCUCACCAAGAGGAGACAGUCAACUGCACAGAUGAGGUAUCAAGAAGAUAAGUCAGAGCGAAUAGAAGUGCAGAAGAAAGAAGAGUCGCGGAAAGUUCUGGACAAGUCUAAAGAGAUUCAGGAAGACAGUUGGAAACCAGAUCCUGAUACUAUCAGGGUUUCUAAAGGGCAAGAAUCCCCAGCUAAACGUCUCCGUCAAGAAGCCGAACCACUAAAGCGCGCGAACGAAGCUCGUCUCUCGCAAGCCGCACCAGUCGCACCCGCCCCCCGCGUGCCGCACGUGCCGCAAGUGCCGCACGUGCCGCACGUACCGCCUACCCGCACGCAUGCGCACCCGCCUCACCAUAAGAGCAGCCCAAAUGUUGCUGCUAGGAAGUGCGAAUCAGCAAGCAGUCGCGAAGAGCGUAAAUCGUACACGCGCGGCGAAUCAAAGAGGCAAGAGUCAGCCGACCGCAAAAUGUACACCGCGAGCUCUGAAUCCGAACUUUUCGAAUACGCGAUACUUCCAAUAUUCCAGAAACUUCUUACAGAGAGGCACAAGAGUCAACCGCAUGGUCUAAACCUGAGUUACGGCGUCAGUUGCCCUAAUAUAUCAAUAAAAUGCGAUAUUGUUGAAUAUUUGUAGCUUAUUACUAGAUGACUGAUUUUUUAUCUAUGCUUAAUAUGCGCGGGAAAUUUGACACUUGUCGACCUGCUUAAGGACAACUUUGAUACGCCUGAUCCUCUAACGGUGUGCUGAAAGACAGUUAAUUUAAAUAGAUAAGCUAUUAAUAAAUCCUUGCAAGCAAGCAAUGGAACUAUAGACAGCAAUAUUUAAUUUUAUUGUGUUGACACAAAUGGCGCCAAUAAAGGAUUGAAAUUGAGAUAAAUUAUUACGAACUCAUUUGAAUUAUUCAUGCUAUCUCGCUUACACUCACGGGACAGGAUUAAUACAAUAUUGUAAAAAUCUUAUACAAAAAUUACCAUAAAUUCGUUAAAAUAAAAAUUACUAACGAGUACUACUAUACUAGGAAUAAUCAAUUUAGAUGUAAUCUAGAACAUAAAAUUGUAACUGAAUAUUCUAAACUGUAUCAUACGAAUGUAGAUUUAUUAUGGGCUAGAAAAUCGUCAAUUUUUCAGUAUUCAUUAGAUAAUAUAGAAUCUAGUCAUAUAUUAACUAAAUUAAUAGUUGCACAAAUUAUCUUUAUCUGUUGUAGAUUUAAGUGUUUGUUCUGUUAUGAGUUUUUAACUCUAGUUAUAUUAUAAUUGAUAAUAUCCUUUACCCAAUUGUAUUGUAGAAUGAACAAAGCUAGAAAUUCAUUUUUAAAUAAACAAUUAUAGUUUUCAUUAUUAGUAUGUUCUGAAAAUCUUUACAUCUAUUUUAAUGGAAAGCAUUGAGCCUGUCUCUCUAACUCUUAGAACCUAACGCCGGGUCUAAAUUAAAUAUAUCGGUUGUGAUUUGACAUCUUUGCUAGGUUGAAAACCACAGCUAACCUAACUAGUAAUAUAGAAAGAAACAGAAAUAAUUUACAUAAUACAGAAACGUUUAUAUUUUUAAUCUGACGAAAUUUAUUUUUGCGUGUUAAUUUUUAGUGUUCCGUUAUGUUUUUUCAAUGUUACAAGGAGACCACAGAUAACACUAUAAUAAGACUAUAAAAAGGUUGUUUAUAUUUUGGUUUUUGUUGUCUGUGCACAAUUAAAG